AUGUUUGAAGAAACAGAAGAGCUCAUUGAAGCCAGAAAUCACCUAUAUCAGGGCUGUUAUACUCGAUUACUUGAUGAAACUACAAAUAAAGUUAUAGAUAAUCCUACAAACGAAAAUUUUGACGAUGCAUCAACUGCUACUACUUUAGACUUGGCUUUGCAUGUAUUAAAAGGGCGUGCAAAGUGCUUAUCAGGUGGUGCAAGUGAAUUGUUAUGGGAAUUACGUGAUGCUACAUCACCAGCGUUGAUAGCGUUACGAGGAUGGGCACGUACAUUAGAAGGAGAUCCGGAUGGUAUAGAUGAAAUUUGCGCGUCUAUAGAUGCAUUAGAUGUGUCGGAUUCAGAUCCAUCUGCUACUACAGUUCAUAUUCUUGCGGCUGCAGCACUUUUUUGUGCAGGACGGGUUGAUGAAGCACGUACUGUACUUGGUCGUUGCACACAUGUCGAAGCAGUUGCAUUGGCGGUACAAAUGUCGCUAUCAGAGUCUUGUUUAGAGGCGGCUCAACGAGAGAUUGAUGUGGCUAAAGCAUGGGCAAAAGAUGAUCUCGUAAUGCAACUUGCAGAAGCAUGGGUUGAUAUGUAUAGGGGUGGACAGCGUAUUCUCAAUGCUUUUUAUAUUUAUGAAGACUUGGCACAGACAGUUCCGAGUUCUACUAUGCUCACAGGGCAAGCAGUGACUGAAUUGCUUCUUGGCCGUGCUACUGAUGCGGCUGAAACACUUAAGCAAGCAUUGGAGCUUUCUCCAAAUGAUGGAGAUGCACUUGCAAAUGCAGUGGUUGCUGCAACACUUUUGGGCAACGAUGCUACGAAUUAUAUAGAGUUACUAACACUUCAUCAUCCCUCACAUCCAUGGGUUGUAUCAACGUCACAUCAAUCAACUUUAUUUGAUCAGCUUUCAAAAACUUAUUUAACUGAAGCGUGA